AUGUCGAGGUUUGCACCGGGGGAACUCACCGAGCAUUGCUGUCGCGUUGCUGUUGGCUCCGAGCAUCAGCUCCUCAAACAACUCUCCAAGCCGACUCAGAGAGCUUGCCUGCAUCGGAGAGCCCCACACCCAAUGCUCGCGCUGUCUCUGACCGCACGCUGGCUGCAGCUCCUUCUCUUCAGCUGCACGGAUCUCCAGGCCGCGGCUCGUGGAAGCCUCACGGCGCAUCAACGGAUGUUGUCCGAUCUGUGGGAUGCACAUUGCCGCUACGAGUUCGCCGAGGGCCACAAGAGCGUGGAAAACACCAUGGCGACCAUGGUGGAGGAUGCCUAUGUGAAUCAUGUGCCGACCAUGGUGGGGGGCUUUGGCCAGAAGGACCGGCAUCCCCUUUGGACGGACCGCGGGGCCGGACCAGCUGCACUGAUUCGAAUCUGUGGCAUCAAUUGCGAUGAGAUCGGAACAACGUUGAAGCGAUGA